AUGGGAAGUGUAGAAGGAGAAAAGAAGGCUCUUGGAUGGGCUGCAAGAGAUCCUUCUGGUGUCCUCUCUCCUUACUCCUACACUUUAAGGAGCACAGGGGCAGAUGAUGUGUAUAUAAAGGUUAUAUGCUGUGGAAUUUGCCAUACUGAUAUUCACCAGAUUAAAAAUGAUCUUGGAAUGUCCAAUUAUCCUAUGGUUCCUGGGCACGAGGUAGUAGGUGAGGUGGUGGAGGUGGGAUCCGAUGUGAGCAAGUUCACCGUAGGAGAUGUCGUCGGAGUUGGCGUGAUCGUUGGAUGCUGCGGCAGCUGCAAACCUUGUAGCUCAGAUCUUGAGCAGUACUGUAACAAGAAAAUCUGGAGUUACAACGAUGUCUACACCGACGGCAAACCUACCCAAGGUGGCUUCGCCGACACUAUGGUCGUCCAUCAGAAGUUUGUUGUGAAGAUCCCGGAGGGAAUGGAGGUCGAACAAGCUGCUCCUCUGCUGUGCGCGGGAGUAACGGUUUACAGUCCGUUGAGCCACUUCGGUCUAACGAAAAGCGGGCUCAAAGGAGGGAUUCUAGGGCUAGGAGGAGUAGGGCACAUGGGUGUGAAGAUAGCUAAAGCAAUGGGACAUCACGUGACUGUGAUAAGCUCAUCAGAGAAGAAAAGAGAAGAGGCAAUGGAGCAUUUAGGAGCUGACGACUACGUGGUGAGCUCUGAUCAAGCGGAGAUGCAAAGAAUCGCAGAUUCUCUCGACUAUAUCAUCGACACCGUACCGGUUUUUCACCCUCUCGAGCCUUACUUGGCUUGUCUUAAACUCGACGGGAACUUGAUUCUCAUGGGUGUUAUCAACACUCCUCUUCAGUUCAUGACCCCUCUCGUCAUUCUUGGGAGGAAAGUGAUAUCGGGGAGCUUUAUUGGGAGCAUUAAAGAGACGGAGGAAGUGUUGGCAUUCUGCAAAGAGAAAGGGCUUACGUCGACGAUUGAAGUGGUGAAGAUAGAUGAGCUUAACACUGCGUUUGAGAGGCUUCGCAAGAACGAUGUUCGUUACAGAUUUGUCGUUGAUGUUGCCGGAAGCAAGUUCGUUGAGGAGGCUGCAGCAACUACAAACUAA